UCUGUCAAACCGGUUGCGACAUCCACCGCCGCUGUUUCUGUGCAUAAAAUGUCCUUCCACCCGCGAGGAUAGUUCGGCCCGCGCGUUUCCACCCCCGGACACGAGAACGACGAAAACAUCCCCAUUUGUCAGAAUGUUCCGUGCACAGUACGUUCGCAAAAUUCGUCGGAAAGUUCAUCCGCAGCGCCAGAACUAAACGGGGGGAAAGUGGGUGGUAAACCGGAGCCAACUUGCAGCUGUUCCCGAGCCGUCUGGUUCAUCACGCGAUCCUCUUUCCUCGCCCACACACACACACGCCGGUGUCGGUCACCGGGCACACCGAUCUGUUUUUCCACCGUGACGUGCGAACGCUUCUGGUGUGUGUGUGCCCUUCAGGAGGCUGUGUUUACCAAAGGUUCUCGCGGGUGCUGAUAGUGUGUGGUGCACCGGGAAGGGUUGCACAAGUUCAAGGCUGUGCGUAGCCCAGGAAGCGAAGGGAGCGGACGACCCCGACACGACCCGGUACGGCCCGAGGGCAAGGAUACGAAGAUGAGCGAUAUACGCGACUGGCGGCCGUUCGUAUACGGCGGGAUGGCAUCGAUAAUGGCUGAAUUCGGAACGUUUCCCAUCGACACCACCAAAACUCGUUUGCAAAUUCAAGGCCAAAAGACUGAUCGAUCACACAGCGAGCUGCGGUACCGUGGUAUGACCGAUGCGUUCGUGAAAAUUUCCCGCCAAGAAGGUGUGAAGGCCCUUUACUCUGGCAUAUGGCCGGCAGUGCUGCGGCAGGCCACGUACGGUACGAUCAAGUUCGGCACGUACUACACGCUCAAGAAGGUGGCCACCGAUCGCGGGCUGCUCCACGACAAGGCCGGCAACGAGAGCCUUUGGUGUAAUGCGGCCUGCGCCACGAUGGCCGGCGCAAUUUCGAGCGCCAUCGCCAACCCGACCGACGUGCUGAAGGUGCGCAUGCAGGUGCACGGCCGGGGCACUAGCGAUGUGGGGCUGGUGCAAUGCUUCCGCGAAAUCUACGUCCACGAGGGCAUCCGGGGGCUGUGGCGGGGCGUAGGCCCGACCGCCCAACGGGCAGCAGUCAUAGCGGCCGUCGAGCUGCCGGUGUACGAUUUCUGCAAGCUGCACCUGAUGGAAACGUUCGGCGAUCAGGUGGCGAAUCAUUUCAUCUCUAGUUUUAUCGCGAGCUUAGGAAGUGCGAUUGCUUCAACUCCAAUCGAUGUGAUACGGACUCGUCUCAUGAACCAACGGCGUGUGCACCAGCUACAGCCUAGCAUUACACCGGCGGCAACCACCACUACGACUACCACCCCCCGUCUGUAUUACACCGGCAGCGUCGACUGUGCCGUGCAAACGGUGCGCAACGAAGGCUUCCGAGCGCUGUACAAAGGUUUCAUCCCGACCUGGGUGCGGAUGGGCCCGUGGAACAUCAUUUUCUUCAUCACCUACGAGCAGCUGAAGCAGUUCUACUGAGCACACGUACAGCAGGGAAAAGCAAACGAUUCCCCCAAAUGAAGUGUGAAGGCUUGCUAAGAAGAAAUGUUGCUUUCGUUUUUCUCUUCUUUUUGCUUUUCACCCCCGCCGGAACCAAAGUAUAUAUAGAAAACUACAAUACUGCAUUAAACGAUCUUAAAGCUCUUUGUACAUUUGCUUCAGCACUCAAAGGACAAUGGAUCAAGCACGAUGCAUUUAGGGUAGGGAUAUGUUUCUGUGUAAUGUUAUUGUUGGAAGAAAACGAGAAGAUGGAUUGGACUGUUUUCUUUCCCUUCUCCAGGCGUCUCUCGCGUUGCUUUCAUUACCCCGAAUGAAACAACACCUGAAACGAAUUGAAAUUUUAGAGUAAAAAGAACGUGUCAAACACAAUAGGGACGUCAGGUGGCACCCAGAUUGGAAUAUCACUACUCUAGCUAGCACAUUGUUUGCGCAAUCGAAUACAAAAGAAUCUUCCCAAGAAGAAGGAAACGGAAUACAACAGCCGUAUGUAAAGAGAGAGAGAGAGAGUGAGAGAGACAGAGAGAUAUGAGCAUUUAUCCUAACAGAGAUAAAAACAAUACGUUGUUAUCACUGUGUUGACGCGUAACAGUUCGUUUGCAUUUGUUGUAGCAAGAUAGGGAAAGAGAGAGAGAGAGAGAGGAAGAGUGACAGACCUUUAGACCUUUCGGUUUGUGGUGCGAGCCACGGCGUUAUGAUGGAUGAUUGUUCUUGAAAUAAAAAAAAGGAAGGAUUUAA